AUGGAAGUACAACGACGAAUUCAAGAAGAAAUUCUUGGCCAUGAGUCAUCGGAAAAAGUGAAAGUUAAACGAGCAAGUUUAGAUUUACCACGAGAUCAUGUUAGUCCUAGUCCAGAGCAUGAAUUUCAUGACAUAAACAACAAAAGUAAUAAUGAUCGUUCAAGAAGUAUUGUUGUACAACGUAUAUCAAUUGAUGGCGAUGAAAAUCAUCGUUCACAAUCGGAAGAUCGUUCUAAAAAAUAUCGUCAACAUCGUACAAGUCCUUUACAACAUCAUCCAUUAGCAUCUUCAGCAGAUAAAGAUCAUAAACAAAUUUUAAAAAUUAAUAGUGCUUUAAGUAGUUCAAUUGAACGUGCAUCUCUAAUUGGUUCUGAUCUAGAAAAUACAAAUGAAGAUUGGUUGAUGAUGAAUGAUAACAAUGGAAAAUACCGUCAUAAAACGUUAACACCCAUGAUUGGCAAAGAAAAUUUUGAACUACGAAAAAAACUAUUUGAACGUCUGAAUGAGAAACAAGAUAUCGAAGCGAGUACAAUAUCACAUGACUAUUUUGGAUGCCGCCGUGAGCCAAAAUCUGGAUUAUUUGCCGAAGUAGGAAGACUUAUAAGUUAUUUUGAGGGUAUCAAUGAUCUAAACAAAAAUAUAAUUCAAAUUGUCUCGCCAUCAUUACCACAGAUACAUAAUUUAAGCUGUGGUGGUGCCGAUGACAAUAGUACAUGUCCAUCACUGACCAUUUCACAUCAGAAACAUAUUGAACGAAGAAAAAAUCGAAGAAAUAUAAAAAAAAAUUCCAUUACAACAACCACAUCGGCGAAUAUUGUAUCACAAGCAACCACCGUUACUCCCGUUACAAUACUAAAUAAUUCUUCAGAUAGUAAAAUUAAUGAAAAUGGUGGUGGUUGUGAACAAAGAACAUGCAGCCAAAAUACCUCAAAUAUUGAUCAUACAACACCGUAUAGUACCCAAUCGAAUUCAAGUGACUCAAUCGUUUAUCCACAUGUACCGGAAGUACUAACUGUAACAAAUAAAAAUAACGAUAAAUCAAUUAUAGCAACAAUUAUCAAUGAAGAACAUGAGGAAACAUUGCCGAAUAAAGUUUUUCCAACAGAAAAAAACGGUAGCGAACGUAAAUCUUUGGAUGAUAAUAAU